AUGUCCGAGUCAGCAAGUGCAAAUGCCCCGAAGCCUAGCAGCAGCGUCAAACUUGUGCUGCUAGGAGAGGCCGCAGUGGGCAAGUCAUCGCUUGUCCUUCGCUUUGUCAACAAUGAUUUUCAGGAGAAUAAGGAACCGACCAUUGGCGCCGCAUUUUUGACGCAAAAAUGCUCUCUUCCGACACGAACGAUCAAGUUUGAGAUCUGGGAUACCGCUGGCCAGGAGCGAUUCGCCUCGCUCGCCCCGAUGUACUACCGUAAUGCGCAAGCGGCCCUCGUCGUCUACGAUGUCACAAAACCCUCAUCGCUGACAAAGGCCAAGCACUGGGUUGCUGAACUCCAACGCCAAGCGAGCCCUGGAAUCGUUAUUGCCCUUGUCGGUAACAAGCUGGACUUGACCAAUGACGGCGGUGGUGCUUCCGAUGUUGCUAUCGCUGGACAUGGCGAGUCUGAAUCAGCACAGGAAGACGAAGAAGGCGCAGUCGAGGAAGAUGAGGCACAGGAUGCCGUGUCUGGUGAUGCCCGCAAGGUAUCAACACGGGAGGCCACCGGCUAUGCCGAGGAUGAGGGUCUUCUGUUCUUCGAAACUAGCGCCAAGACCGGAACCAACGUCGUGGAUGUCUUCACCGCAAUUGCUAAUGCCAUCCCAGAAAGCAGCUUGAAGACUGGCCGUGGAACUGGUGCAGGGACCGGCCAGACUGCACUGGGUAGUCGGUCGGUAGAGGAUUCGCGGGUCAACUUGGGCGAUCGAAACGCUGCGACGGCUAAGGAGGGCUGCGCUUGCUGA